AUUCAUUUGAAAACUUUGAAAAAAAUGUGAUAAGUUGUUAUGUGUUAUGAAUUUAUGAUGUGUUAUUUUUUAAUUUUACAUGAUAAUUAAUUAAUGAAUCGGUAGGAUUUUUCCCUUUGUAUUACAGUGUAGUACGUAUAGUUGUUAAUUAAUCAUGGAGGACGUAUCAUUUUUGAAAAAAACCAACAUCUCAGCGAUUUAUCGGUUCGACCAGCAGGUAAAAGAUAUCAUUAUCAGCGCAUCUCAAGUCGCGUUAUACGUUUUUGACGCAAAGAAAUCAAAAUGGAUAAAACGAAAGGUAGAAGGAGCUUGUUUUUUCUACAAGAGGAAGACCAGCCCGAAGUAUGGUAUAUUCAUCUUGAACAGACUCGAUACUACAAAUUUCAUCGAACUUCUAAAUAGCACAAUGGAAAUACAACUCCAAGAACCGUUCAUUUUGUACAGAAACAUAUUCAAAACUAUUUUUGGAAUUUGGUUUUACGAUAAGUCAGAAUGUGUUGAAAUGGGAAGAGUCUUUCAACAAAUACUCCAAGAAUUGAAAGAGAAAGAAAAAAACGAACAAGAAGACGACGACAACGCGGAAGCUUUAUUCAAAGCCAAAUUCGACACUCCUGACAAGCUCGAUCAAAAGGCUAUCGAAACCGACGCUAAUUCGAAACAGAAAAAACCCAGCGGACAACCCGAAAGCGUCCGUCAGUUUUUCGCUAUUGCCAGUAAAGAAGCAACUAAGAAUCAACCUAAUUCGCAGCAAUCUCCGGCCCAGCAUUCAAACUGCAAGAAAUCAUUAGCAUCCUCGUUUCAAACUGUCGUUCACAUAGAAAAGAAACAGACAUUACCAAUGAACCAGAGUGAUUACGAUAAAAAUGUAAAUGUUAUCGAAAAUAACAUGAAAUCGUUAAACUUGACCAAAGCGAGUCCUGUUGCUAUCCUAGAUGGAAUAGAUCAAAAAUUUCUACAGUCUCCUGUCGGCGGAGAUAGUCAAACGAUCGAGUUUCCCGAGCUCAUUCCUCCUAGUAUGUUAAUCACGCCUUUAGAUCUGACUAAUUCUGUAAAGAGUUUCGAUACGCAGACUUCUUCAGAUAGUAAGAAUGCUAAACUCGAUCUCAUGUCAAAAAAUCAAAUGAUUCAAGCGAUGGAGUAUUUAUUAAAAAAUGACGCUCAGUUCGUUGAUAAACUUUACGAUGCUUAUUUAAAAAUAUCUAAAAAUUAAUUUUUUGACAAAGGUAGAAUUCUGAUUUUUUUCUGUUUGGACCUUGUUCAAAGUGUUUUUGUAUUUUUUCGCUCUCAGUUUUAUUCUGAACAGUGAUGAUCCUUCUUAUUCCGUUAGUAGUUUUUUGUUUUAAAUCAGCGUUUGAACUUGUAAGUUGACGCUAACCCUUGACUUUAGUUUUUUUUUCUUCUUCAUUUUGUUAAAGCGAUAAUCAUAUCAGUUUUAUUUUUCUUGUAAAAUAUUUAAUUUAUUGAUUUUCAAUUUUGAAAAGUUACAGCUCUCCUUCACGUGUGUAAUUUUUUAAAAAUCAUCUCAGAUUUAUCUGAAUUCACAAAUUCAUUUUAAUUUUUUUUGUGAAUGAAAUAGGUAACACUAUUUUUUGUGACCCUCGAACUCAUAUUUUAUAUUUUAAUAAUUUUUACUUCAUUGACAAUUUUUAUGAAAUUUAAAAAGCGCGCAAAUGUUUGAUUUUUAAAAAAUGAGUGGUAUGUAUGUUUUUCUAUUUUGUAUCAUCAUUGAUUGAUGAUAAGUGAUUCUUGUGCGUAAUUUUUAAAUGUAAUAUUGACUUCGACUAUUGUUGAUAAAUAGGUACUUGAAUAUUUUGUGUAUAUUGAAUGUAUGUAUUUAUUUAAUUUAUAUUGAUUGAUUGUGAAUAAAGUAAUGUUCAUUUUACGAAUGAAAUAAGAUUUCGUGUUGUUGUACCUGUUUUUGCGAACUAGAAAAUUUAACCGAAGUACUCGAGUAAUUUUUUGCUGCAGCCUGCAACUGAGUAUAAUUUAACUUAACAAAAUAACGUACAAAAUCCAACAAAACUUAAGAAUGUACUUAGAACAUGAAAACACUGAAAUAUUAAUCUGGAUCACAAUGAUUUUAUUACAAUCUGUACAAUAUUUUAAAAUAAGGUAACUGCGUUUUGUAGAAUGUUAUCGCUGAAAUACACUCCUUACGGAGGUUUUCUACCUUGAUACAUGUUGAAAAACAUCAACUAUUAUGUACUAACACAGCCAAGUACCAUGUAACAGUAAAAAUUAUUAUAAAAUAUGUUUUAAAAAUUUGAAUUGAAAAAAAAAAAAAAUGUUAGAAUGUUCUGCCACAUUGAAAUAUGAAAAAUAUG